GUGGUUGCGCCGACGGACGCAGUCAUUGGUUGAUUUAUUGGCACAAGUGCGCAUCCGUCCACCCUUGGCAUACUUCGCUACGUGGCGAUGGGACCACGCUUCGGCGGUCAACCGCGGGCUUGCAGUCGAAGACGGCAAUGCGGCGACGAUACCUGCCAGGUUUCGGUGUCUGCGACACGCGGAUCUCGCGUUGCAGACGACGCGCGCGAGCGACGCACGUUGCGGGCAGCCCCCGACGCGUAGAAGGCGAUGCGCGUGGUCGACACCAGCAGCCAGGCACAGAGUUGAGCGUGGAAGCCGAGAGCCGCUGGGUGGUGGCCCAUUCCGUCCGAGCACCAUGAACAUGCCAUGGAAGAUCAAAGAGCUGGUGGAUAAAGCCACUAACAUGGUGAUGAACUACACGGAGAUGGAGGCCAAGGUGCGGGAGGCCACCAACGACGUGGCCUGGGGACCCCCCGGCCAGCUGAUGCAGGAAAUCGCCCAGGCCACCUUCUCGUACGACAACUUCCCGGAGGUGAUGGGCAUGCUGUGGAAGCGCAUCCUGCAAGACAACAAGCGCUGCUACAGGCGGCCCUACAAGGGCCUGCUGCUGCUCGACUACCUGGUGCGCAACGGCUCCGAGCGGGUCGUCACCUCGGCCCGAGAGCACAUCUACGACCUGCGCAGCCUCGAAAACUACUCUUUCGUCGACGAGAUCGGCAAAGACCAGGGUGUCAACGUGCGCCAGAAGGUGAAAGAUCUGAUAGACUUUAUCCAGGACGACGAGCGGUUACGCGAGGAACGUAAGAAGGCUAAGAAAGCCAAGGACAAGUACAUCGGCCUCUCGGGCGAGUCGCUCGGCUUCCGGUACGGCGACCGCAAGAAGACCGACAUGGACGACCUCGAUUUUGACCAGGGCUCCCGGCUUGGCCGUCGGCACAGCUUCGAGGACUCCCCCGAAAACAGCAACGACGAGGAACGCGAGGAGCGGACCACCGGUGCUGCCUACCGGGAUGAGCCCCGCACUGCCAGCUGGAAACCUCAAGCCAAGAAACUCGACUUGGGGGCUGCUGCCAACUAUGGCCGAGAACCCGGUGCGAAGUCACCAAGCCCCCCUGCCCCAACCCCGACGCCAGUACAACACACUGUGGCCACCGACCUUCUGGGAGACAUUCUCAGUGCUCCCGAGCCGCCCCCACCGGCCGCUGCCACGGCCAAUGGCGACUUCGCAGACUUCAGUCAAUUCCAGAGUGCAGCUACUCCCAGUGCCCAUGACGACUUCUCAGACUUCGCAUCCUGCAGCUCGACAAGCAGCCUCCCUGCGGGGCUUCUUGACCUCCCAGUGCAACCCGUGAGCUUGCAGCAAAACCUCCAGGCAAGCCCUGGCCUUCCGGUGCAGCAAAACUUGCAGACCAGCCCACCCACUAGCCUCCCUAUGCCCCUGGGCUCGGCCGGCAUCCCACUGGGACAGCCCUUCCCUGUGGGCCAUCCGGCCGGCCUGACCAUGGGCUUUCCCAUGGUCCAGCAGCAGAUGACAUUCCACAUGGCCCAACAGCCAGGCUUCCAUCUCGGCCAGCAGCCGACUACGGUGCUGAUGCCCAGCCCCGCUGGGCCUGCCCCCCUACUGGGGCCUGGCCCUACCUCGCCAGGCACCCUGCAGACCAACAAGUGCGGUAAGACGUGGGUGGACACUGGCAGCAUCAACAUAAGUGUGGACAACCUGAGUCUGAGCAGCAGGUAUGCAAAGCCCGUGGCACCCUCCAUGAACCAGCUGGCAGCCGGCGGGGCCAGCUCCCUGGGCCGGCUGCAAUGAGGCCCCGACACGGAGCGGCCCCAGCGGGGGCACAUAUCACGGGGCUGGCUGCCCCUCGACUGGUGCUUCCACUGUUCCCCUACUUGCGUAACCCGGGACAGGCAGAAAGAAAAUUGUGCUCAAGUGGCACCCCCCUGCUCCGCCCUGGCAGAAUAAAGCAAUAGAACAAAGCAUCUCCAGGGUCGGCCUGCCUCCUCGCGAGCUCGACGUCUAUUUUUAAUAAAACUCUGGCAUCUUGUUG